UUAAAUUAUUGUUUUUACUUUUUUUUUUUUUUUACAGAGGAGCAUGUAAAGUACUGAUACAAUCAGAUUACUGAGCCCGUCUUCAUUUAUAUUCACUUCUUAGCUGUUGGCCAGAUCACUGAACCUUUUGAAAUGAAAAGAACUGAUUUAAUUUUCACAGACAUGAAUCUGGAUCCGUUUUACUGAGAUUGUGCACAUAUAUUAUAUAAUGAUUGAUGUCCUCAAUCAUUUUAAUACUGAGCAUUGCAGUUAAAAAGCAAAGCAUUUUGUAAUAAGGAUCCGUCGAUCGAAAAUCCAACUUUGUUUUCCCUGAAACUGUAAACGCCUCCUCUUUUGUUAGUUAGAUUUCCAUGGCGCUUUAUUUUGAAAUUUCAAAUCUAACCAAUAGCCGAGUCCGCUGCGUUUCACUACGUCAGCAAUGUGAGCCAAUCAGAAGCUCCCUCGCGCCCCCAGCGUCCUUAUAAAGCCCCGCCGCCCGCCCGGAGCAUUCAUCCGUUCACCAGUGCAAAACGUGAAGCAGAAAAGCGAGUAAGCGCGAUGGCCCGAACCAAGCAGACCGCCCGUAAGUCCACCGGAGGGAAGGCGCCCAGGAAGCAGCUGGCCACCAAGGCCGCCCGCAAGAGCGCCCCGGCCACCGGCGGAGUGAAGAAGCCUCACCGCUACAGGCCCGGUACCGUGGCUCUGCGAGAGAUCCGCCGCUACCAGAAAUCCACCGAGCUGCUCAUCCGCAAGCUGCCCUUCCAGCGCCUGGUGCGAGAGAUCGCCCAGGACUUCAAGACCGACCUGCGCUUCCAGAGCUCCGCCGUCAUGGCUCUGCAGGAGGCCAGCGAGGCCUACCUGGUGGGUCUCUUCGAGGACACCAACCUGUGCGCCAUCCACGCCAAGAGGGUCACCAUCAUGCCCAAAGACAUCCAGCUGGCCCGCCGCAUCCGCGGAGAGAGGGCUUAAGAAAACUCACCCGGCCUCCACACGGAACCAACGGCUCUUUUAAGAGCCACCGACGUGCCGACAAGGACAAACUUCCUGCUUUGUACUGACGACAUUUAGCCGAAGCUGUCUACACACACCAACAUGAUGCACUUCAGUAAAACAUUUACAGCAUUAUAUCUGGACAGGGGAAACGAGCCUCCUCUGUAAUAAACGAGAACACGAAUCGCUGCAAUUGCUGCCACCUACUGGCGCUGUUAAAACACAGUAAUUAUCCACUCGGACUGAAGAACAAACUCUCCUUCAUCCAUUAGGAAAACAGAAUUGAUUUAACCGCCUAAUUCAGCUGCUUGCUUCACUCUACGUCACUUUAAAAGACACAAACCCGCCCACUUUAAAAAUCUGCAUUUAAUUUUUAUAAACGAACUCAACAAUAAGGCAAGGAGAACUUCACUAAAACCUUGCAAAUAAACCAAGCUGCGGCAUUUUCAGGACUAGAUGUCGUUAUACCUGGACUGAAACACUGGCUUCAGCAUGGAUAUCACAUUAUUUAACAUGACAAUAGGAAGACUACAACAACAUUGAUUUCAACAUAUGUAGAACUGGAUCAACAUCUGGAGAUCUUUCAUUUAGGGCGGAUUUAAAAAGCGCCAAGAGCUAAGAAAUAUUUACAAAGCUUAACAUCACUGGAGUUAUAA